AUUGGACAUUUGAACUUUUUGUCGAUAAAAAGAUAACAUAAAACUUUAUUCUUAUUUAAAAGAGUAGAACUAAUAGCACAGUUAAAUUUCAUUUUAUUAACGUGAUUUAGGAAUGUGAAAAAAAUAAUAGAAAAAGAAAAAACAUAAAAAUGGGAUUAAUAAAUUUUAUAAUAAAUAUCCUUGAUCCUUUCGGUGUUAUUCGAGCUAAUUUUUUCAAGCCAUUGCGUGAAUUUACUUUUUCGAUGUACGACCAUUAUCGAAAUAAAACAAAGGAUAAAGUUGUUACUGUUAGGGAUUUAAUACUUCGAUUCGGGAUAGUAAGUUUUGCAGUUGCUAUAAUCAUAUGGAGUGCUGUUUUUAUGUAUGUUGCCUUUUACUAUCUAUACAUUCCCACAAUUGCGCAUACACGUCCGGUGCAUAUGCAGUUCAAGACAUGCUUAAAUGCAGCUGGAAUUUGUUCAUUUCCGCAAGCGCAUGUAUCACUAACCAAAAAACAACAACUGUUAAUGGUUGGCCAAGCAUAUAAAAUUCUUGUUAAUAUUGAUAUGCCAGAAUCACCGCAAAAUCAGGAUUUAGGAAUGUUUAUGGUUUGUGCUGAUAUGAGAGAUAAUAAAGCGCUAUUACGUGGUCAUUCAUGUAGAUCAGCAAUGCUUAGAUAUAGAUCACCUUUGUUGCGAGCAAUAAGUACAUGGGUGUUAAGUCCGCUCUUAAUUUUUGGUUUUUACGAAGAAUUGCAGCAUAUACCCGUGGAAUUAUUUUCUAACUAUGAAGAAGAGCAAAUGCAUCCAGUAACAGAUGUCUAUGUUGAAAUACAAUCCCAAAAAAUACAGUUUUAUUCAGUAACAUUACACAUUACAGCUGAUUUCACUGGUUUACGCUAUAUAAUGUUUCAUUGGCCUGUACUGUCUGCUGCCCUGGGCAUCAGUACCAAUCUAUUCUUUAUUUUGAUUGUUUUUAUACUAAGUUGGUAUCAUUGGUCUGACACAACGUGGUUGAAAGAAGCUCGUGAAAAAUAUACCAAAAAACUUCUUGAAGAAACAAAAAGUAAGAUGGAUAUUUCCUUAUCUUCAUUUGAUGAUGACAUCUUAGAAGAUGACGAUGAAUAUAGUUUAAUGGCAGAGAAAAGUAAAACUGAUAUUGAGGAUAUAAAUAGCGAAUCCAGAACUGAUUUAGGAGUGGCUACAGCAUAAGAAGGAAGAAAAGACUGAGGGAACACGUAAAAUUGAUUUAUUUAAUAAAAAUAAAGCAUUCCAAAUAAAUUAGAAUUAAUUUAGAAUAUUUUUGUAACGUAAUUCGUUUUUUUAAUAUUUUGUUUUUUAUUGUUGAAAUUUUACAUAAUUUUUUUUUAUAUUAUUUAAAUUUU